AUGCCUUUAAUAGACUCCGUUUCGAAUAGACCGCGAUCAAGCAGAUCGCAGAGCCCAAAGCGACACGAAGAUCAGUUGAAAGGAGACCGCGUUGCAGAUAGAAAGACUUUGAGAUCUGCGAGGAUUUCGACACAAGCCGAUGUCAUACUUCCCAUGCGGGAGCCUUAUAUGCAACAGAUUGUCAACGGUGAGAAGAACUACGAGUUUCGAAAGUAUCGCUUAAAGGCAUCUGUCAAGCGCAUAUGGUUCUACUCGACUGCACCCCAGUCCAGCAUCGAAUAUGUUUGUGAGAUUCUGCCAGCGAAAACACGUAAUGCCGGUGAUUUAGCACUCGAAGAGGAUGGCUUAGGAAACAAAGAGUUCAACGAACGGCACAAAGAUUGGGAAGGCUACGACUUUGCAUAUGAAGUUACCUCAGUCUAA